AUGGAGGGUCUUUACUACAACGUCAACAACGGUUACGUCGAGGGCAUCGUCCGAGGCUACCGCAACAGCCUUCUCACAGGCGCGGCCUAUAACAACCUGACCCAAUGCGAAACCAUUGAUGAUCUCAAGCUCCAACUUGGCCCUUCCUACGGCGACUUCCUUGCUUCUCUACCUCCUAACCCCUCGACUUCAGCUCUUGCGGCCAAGACAACCGACAAGCUCAUCUCAGAAUUCCGAUAUGUUCGCGCCCAGGCUGUUGGCUCUCUUGCUACAUUUAUGGACUACGUCACUUACGGCUACAUGAUCGACAAUGUUGCCCUUCUCAUCACAGGCACCCUUCACGAGCGCGAUACCCGUGAGCUCCUUGAUCGAUGCCACCCCCUGGGCUGGUUUGAAACCAUGCCUGUGCUUUGCGUUGCUACCAACAUUGAGGAGCUCUACAACAGCGUACUCAUCGAGACCCCUCUCGCCCAAUACUUCAAGGGCAGCCUGAGCCAUCAGGACCUCGACGAGUUGAACAUUGAGAUUGUUCGAAACACACUCUACAAGAACUACCUCGAGGACUUUUACAACUUUGUCAACACCCACCCUGAGAUGGCUGGCACUCCCACUGCUGAGGUUAUGUCUGAGAUUCUCGAGUUCGAGGCUGACCGCCGUGCCAUCAACAUCACACUCAACUCUUUCGGCACCGAUCUAUCCAAGCAGGACCGUAACAAGCUCUACCCCAGCUUUGGAAAGCUGUACCCCGAGGGAACUCUCAUGCUUUCUCGUGCCGAAGACCCUGAGGGCGUUCGCCUGGCCGUCGACGGUGUUCAUGACUACAAGUCUUUCUUUGAUGCCAUCAAUGUUGGUGGCGGCCCAUCAGGACCUGGAAACAUGGGCGGCGGUGCUGGUGAGACCAAGACGUUGGAAGAUAUGUUUUACCAGAAGGAGAUGGAAAUUUCCAAGAACGCGUUCACUAGACAAUUCACGCACGGCAUUGUCUACGCGUGGGUAAAGUUGCGAGAGCAGGAAAUCCGCAACAUUACUUGGAUUGCCGAAUGCAUAGCUCAGAACCAGAAGGAGCGUAUCGGCAACUACAUCAGCGUCUUUUGA